GCUGGGCGGUGCUGGGGGCGGUGUAACGUGAGGGGCGGUAGCGGGGCUGUCUGAGGGAAUGCGGGUGGCCAAGAUGGCUGCCUGUGCCGCUGCUGCCGGGCGUCACUGGCUGAGGAGCUGCUGCCAGCUGCGGGUGCCGGUGCGAUGGAGGGGCCAGGCCACGGCUGCUGUGGUGACCGAGAGCACCAAGCCCCACAUCCAGCCCCAGGAGAGGAAACCCAAAACAGGAAUCUUGAUGUUGAACAUGGGAGGCCCGGAGCGGCUGGAUGACGUCCACGAUUUCCUGCUGCGUCUCUUCCUGGACAGAGAUCUGAUGACCCUUCCAGCUCAAAAUCAGCUGGCUCCGCUGAUCGCCAAGCGCCGCACCCCCAAAAUCCAGGAGCAGUACAGCAGGAUCGGCGGCGGCUCCCCCAUCAAGAAGUGGACGGCGGUGCAGGGAGAGGGCAUGGUGAAGCUGCUGGACAGCAUGUCUCCUCGCACUGCUCCUCACAAGUACUACAUCGGGUUCCGCUACGUGCACCCCCUGACCGAGGAGGCCAUCGAGGAGAUGGAGAGGGAUGGCAUCCAGAGGGCCAUUGCCUUCACCCAGUACCCCCAGUACAGCUGCUCCACCACAGGCAGCAGUUUAAACGCCAUUUAUCGCUACUAUAACGAGAAAGGGGAGAAGCCAAAGAUGAAGUGGAGCAUAAUUGACCGGUGGCCCACACAUCCCCUUCUCAUUCAGUGCUUUGCUGACCACAUCCAGAAGGAGCUGAACCUGUUCCCGCCGGACAAAAGGAAAGAAGUGGUCAUCCUCUUCUCAGCCCACUCUCUGCCCAUGUCUGUGGUGAACAGAGGAGAUCCGUACCCUCAGGAGGUGGGAGCCACUGUCCAGAGGGUCAUGGAGAAGCUCAACUACUCCAACCCCUACAGGCUGGUGUGGCAGUCCAAGGUUGGGCCAAUGCCCUGGCUCGGCCCCCAGACAGACGAGACCAUUAAAGGGCUGUGCCAGCGAGGCAAGAGGAACAUGCUGCUGGUCCCCAUAGCAUUUACCAGUGACCACAUAGAAACCCUGUAUGAGCUGGAUAUCGAGUAUGCCCAGGUUUUAGCCAACGAGUGUGGCGUUGAAAACAUCAGAAGAGCCGAGUCCCUCAAUGGAAACCCGCUGUUCUCCAAGGCCCUGGCAGACCUGGUGUGCUCCCACCUGCAGUCCAACGAGGUGUGCUCCCGCCAGCUGACCCUGUGCUGCCCGCUGUGCGUCAACCCCGUGUGCAGGGAGACCAAGGCCUUCUUCACCAGCCAGAGCUGCCAGCCCUGAGAGCCACGGCCUGGCACUGCCCAGGCAAGGAGCAGCCCUGCCAGCACAGCCAGGCUGGGCUCAGAGCUGGUGUCUCACGGGGAACUUGGCUGAGGGUUCAUUAUUUUGUGUUGUUUUUGUUGAGAAGAGCUGUAGGAAGUAGGGAAAUAAGGGCAUUUAUCUGUCAGGUGUGAGGAGAUCUCACCUGACCCCGAUGGUGAGCCCAGCAGUGAGCACUGAAAAACUCACACAGCUUUUUUACAAUUAGCUUCUCUUUCUAUGCAGGGAUUGAUUUGUAUGCAGGCUGGUCACGAGUGCAUUAACUUGCCAGGUCAAAGGUGCAGUUAUUUUGGUUUUGCAGUCUGUUGUCUGUUCUGAGAGGGACUUUGGAGAUCAAGUGACUUGUAAUGCUUUUUAAUAAUGUUUAUAUAUAUAUGUUAUUUUUUUUUUUUUAGGACAUAAAGAUAAGGUUUUGUUUUGGAUUGGUUUUCUCCUGCCAGAAACUUCCAGUGAAAGCUUAGCUGGGAUAGUGGAACGCACAAAACUUGUUUACAUUUUCUAGGAAAAACAUUUUCAUUAUCUGAAGAGCAUAAAUGGAAAGGAAUUAGCCUGCUUGGGUGAUACUGGAGAAUUUGCUCCAUUGAACCUGCAUGUUUCAAGUCUAGCAGGAGCAUGUGUGGAAACAUGCUGGCUUAUCUGUUCAGCAGAAUGGCUUUGAACUUCUUAUUUUUAUUAAAAAGGGCUUUUUCUGUUUGGUGAA